UCCACCUGGGCGUUAUCUAUGAACCUGCUCAAUCGAUAACCAAAUCAGGCUCUAUCUCACCAGCCGGUCAGUCACUCUCUGUGAAGUGCUUACUUCUUUUCAGUCUUGUAGACUGACUUUAUCAGGGAAGGAAAACUAAAAAAAGAGUUUGGUUUGAACAAGUAAGGGUCAUUGAGGAGGAAGUUGAAGGUGUGUAAUGGGUUAACGGCGGAAGGCCUCGCCUCACCUUUAGCGCGCGUCACCCGGCUCUGUAAAGUGGUCCGACCAUCCCAGCAGCCGAACCAGAGGAAGGGACAUCAUCGCCUCUUUCAGCCGCCAGACGCGCGUAUCGCCUCGGCCUGUCUGUCAUCCUCGUGCCGGUGUCCGCCCCGCCUCUCCAUCACCGCACAUCCGCGAGACAAACGGAAAGUGAAGGAAUAAGAGUGAUUUUCAGGCAGCAUGAAGGACCGAAUGCAAGAACUUCGACAUGGGAAGGAGACGACAGAGGAGGAGGAUGAAGUCGCUGUAGGGAUGGACAAAGGCUUCAUGGAUGAAUUCUUUGAGCAGGUGGAGGAGAUCCGGGGAUUUAUCGAGUCUCUGGCAGAGAAAGUGGAGGAGGUGAAGAGGAAGCACAGUGCCAUCCUCGCCUCACCUAACCCUGAUGAGAAGACGAAGGCUGAGCUGGAGGAUCUGAUGGCAGACAUCAAGAAGCUUGCCAACAAAGUGCGCUCCAAAUUAAAGAGUAUCCAGCAAACCAUAGAGCAUGAAGAAGGCCAGAACAGGUCAUCAGCUGACCUGAGGAUACGCAAGACACAGCACUCCACACUGUCUCGCAAGUUUGUCGAGGUGAUGUCUGAGUACAACACCACCCAGUCGGACUACAGGGAGCGCUGCAAGGGGCGCAUUCAGAGACAGCUGGAGAUCACUGGAAGGAACACCACAAAUGAUGAGCUAGAGAGCAUGUUAGAGAGUGACAACCCAGCGAUCUUCACAUCUGGGAUCAUAAUGGACAACAUCACAGAGCAAGCAAUGAACGAGAUCGAGACGCGACACAAUGAGAUCAUCAAACUGGAAAACAGCAUCAGAGAGCUUCAUGACAUGUUCAUGGACAUGGCCAUGCUGGUGGAGAGCCAGGGAGGGCUGGUCAACAAUAUUGAACGCAGUGUGCUGGAAGCUCAGGAACAUGUCGACUAUGCAACAGAGACCAUCCCAAAAUGCAAAAAGUUCAAAAAGACCAGCAAACGGAAGGUGAUCCUGAUAGCAGGUUGUGUAGCACUACUGUGUCUGACCAUCCUCAUUAUUGCCCUCUCGAUUGGACUCAGUUAAGGUUUUAAGAGAGCCCCUUACAGCAGCACGGGGCAGGACAUGACGCCUACAUUACUGGUCUGUAGGCAGACUAAUAUGUCUGUAUGAACUUAGACAUACUUUCAUAAAGUAUUUUGUCUUAUUAAAAACUAUUCAGGAACCAGUUUGUUUUACUUUGGUGGCUGUUUUUUGUGUAACAAUUCACUAAACUUUGUACUGUGUAUGUUCUGUGGAGUUUUGAAGCUUUGCAUGUUUUUGUGGUUGCACAAUACUACACGUUUAUUCAUGCUAACUGCCAAGUGGAUAUGCGUUAUAUGGUUUGAGGUCAGUAUGGAGGAUUUGUGUGUGUAUUUUUUAAUAUUUAUUACUUAAAUCCAGGGGUGUCCAGACUACGGCCUUUGGGCCACUGCAGCCAUAAUUGGCCUGCAGCAAAUUCUUUAAAUGAAAUUAAAUAUGGCCUGCAGUGGAGCAUGCAGCUAGUGCUUGACUGUGUUGUACCUUUUAGUUUCAACACAGGUGGUGCUGUGUUGAUUCUGUAAACAAAAAAUUUGACAAGAAGAAUAAUUGACAUGCUUAUUGUCACGUCUAAAUUGAGAUGACAACAUCAUACUGACAAAAAAAAACAAAAACAAACAUUAUGGUUCAUAACAACCUGAUUAAAAAAGAACAGCAGCAAAUGCACCACACUCCCUUGCUCUAUCUGCUGGUCUAGUUUUGUAAGCUUACUGCGCCAAUCACAAGAGUACAGGAUUAUUAUUGUCAAAGUCAUGUAGCUUUUAUUGAAACUUUCUCAAGUAGAAUUUCAGUUACUGAUCCUUGAAUUUACUAUAGAAACAAAGAUUUGUUUUUUGAAGUUUAAUCAGAUCUUUCCCUCAUGUUCAGGAAAAACUCAUAAAUAUGAUCUCUAACAGGCUCUUCAAUUCAAGGAACACCUUUAUGAUAAAAAUGCAAGGCAGCAAUUUUGGAUUUAAUGUGAAAUCAUUCCUCUGCUUUUUGUCUCUGAUUGUCAUGUAGAAGCGUAAACCAACAACCGACUGGAGAAGUAGAACCUCCCCUUUUUGCUGUUUAGUUUCAAUUUUUAUCAGAAAUUGUUACUUUUUUAAAUGUUGUAAAGUACCCAAAAUCUGCUUCAUUAAAUACUGACUUUAACAACUUAAUCAAAAGUUACAAGUACACUUAAAGCCACCCAAUUACAGCAAUGUGAGUAAAUGUAAUGAGUUACUUUUCAUCAGUAGUGAUCAUAUCUAAGCACUAACACUCCUGUUAAGUUUGGCAGCUUUGUUCAGUUCACUCUUUUUUUGUGUCUGAAUGGUGAGGUUUCAAGGAGCAACUGGCCCUCACCCACCCCAAAAUCCUCAGGAUAUAUGCCUUGUUGGCCAUUAAAGGAAUUUUGUUAUGUGAGCUGUUUUUCUUAAAAUAUGUUCUUUUCUUAAAUUGUCUCAUUAUUGAUGACUGCAAUUAUCACAAACAAACUGUGUCUCAUUCAUGUGUCUAUCCAGCACGUCUGCCACAAGCCUAACAAAGGUGUUUAGACAUAAAGAAAUUAAACAAAAGGAAACAAAAAACAUGAACUGAAGGGGAGUGAUCUUGUUUACAUGACAGUUUCUUAUCUCUAAGUAAGUGGGAGGAGCCUCAGAGGAGUUAAGUUGUUAAUCAGUUUUCCCUUAAAUGGCCUGAGUUUUCCCAGCUUAUGAUAAACUCAACUCAAAUUUAUUUAUUUGUACAGCACCUUUCAUACAUAAGACAUGUAGCCCAUAACGCUUUACAAGGAACCGACAAACAGCAAAGAUCAAUACAAACAAAAAAGAACAAAAGACAGUAAGGAAUAGAAUAAAACAAACUGAGGAAAAAACCAAAUACAGUAAAGUGAGUAAAAUAUUAAAAGUCAGUAAAAAAAGCCAGUAAAAUACAAAACCAUAGAUUAAAUAAUGAUAACACUAAGGUAAAAAUAUAAAAGGACAAUAAAAAUGACCUCAUGUUAAAAGCCAAAUUAAAAAGAUGUGUCUUCAGUUUUCUUUUAAAAGCAUCAAUGGAGCUGGUUAGUCUAAUGCCCAGGGAGACUAAAUUCCAAAGUUCUGGGGCAUAAAAACAGAAAGCUCUCUCACUGAUGCUUGUGUACAUGGGACAUUUGAAAGUGAAGCAGCCUUAAGCCUUUCCAUUCUGUGAAUUUCCUUUGUAAAGUCCAUCCAUGUGUGUUUGGAGCUGGGCUCUCCUGUAAUAGCCUCUUAGAGUCUCUUAAAGCAUAUUCAGUUCCUCAACAUAUUUUAUCCCACAAUGUAUUUGUGUUACUAACCUAAACAGCUUAAAGAUGAGGUAUAUCAAAGUGGUCCUCUUGUCUUUGUGUUUCUCAGCUAAAACGGUUUGGACACCCCUGCUUUAAGCUGAUUUCAGCUCACUGCAUGUAUGUGGCUGUCAAAGCUAUUGAAUGUUGCAUCAAAGUGGACGUAAAUGUGGCCUUUCCAUAUUUACUCAAUGUAAAAACACUUCACAUUUAUGUAUUUUUGGCAUCACAUAUUGUGUUACCUGGUUUGAACAAAAUGCAGUUACUUGACAUUAGUUUUUGCUUUUUUUAAAUUUUGAUUUGUUGUUAUAUAGGGCUGUCAUGAUACCAGAAUUUAAAGUUUGAUAUGAUACUAUUAAAAAUCUGAUGAUAUCUGUAUUAAUUUCCAAACAUGGCAACACAAACAGAAGCUUAAAACAUCCAUCAUUGGAUCAUUUCGGGUGUUAGAUAACAAAAAUAGCAAACAAACUCCUGCAAAUUAUAUGUAGGAGUUUGCUUGUGUUUUUUGAUGGAUUUAUUCCUCUCCAAAACUUUCUCAUGAAAAAAUGUCAUUUUAUGCUUCUGUAAUCACAGUGUUUAUUUAAAAAAAAGUAUUCACCCCAUUG